UUUCGUGAGAGAUUUAUUUCAACAUUAAAUUGUAACAAUUUUUUAGCAAAAAUGCGCAGCUUCGACUGGAAAAAAACGAUCAAAAUAAACAUUAUAACCCUUCAAGCAGUUGGCUUUUGGCCCAAAGGCGACGACUCUUUUAAAUUCAACCUUUACGGCCUAUGGACAGCAAUUUCAUUCACUUGCAUAAUUUUCUGCCACAACUUUUUUCAAGCCGUCAGCAUUUACUUCAUUCUUAAUGACCUUAAAGCUGUGACUGCUGUAAUAUUUCUAAACUUGUCUGAAUUACUGGGAAUUUUAAAAUCGUAUUACCUUAUAAAAAACAUGCCAAAAUUAAAACAGCUCAUGAUCACUCUCAACAAACCACUAUUUCAGCCAAAAAACGAGAGACAAAUCAAACUGAUCGAACCCAAUUUAAAGUUUUGGAAACAAAUGUACAAUCUGUAUUGGGUUAUGAGUAGUGGGGCUCUUUUCUUUUGGGCCACUUUCCCCAUUUUUGAUAAUUCGAUCAAGGAUCAUCGACUUCCGUUCAUUGCCUGGUUUCCGUUCGAUACUACAGUGUCACCAUUUUAUGAAAUUGCAUACGUUCACCAAGUUGUUGGAAUAAUUUUCGUUGCCAUUUCAACCGUUGGAGUGGACACUUUAAUUGCAGCUUUGAGUAUGUAUAUCGGUGCCCAAAUUGAUCUUUUGUGCGAUAAUUUAAGACACCUCACUGGGCCUAACUUUAAUAAUGAGUUGUUGAAUUGUAUUCACCACCACAAAACUAUUUUAAGAUUUGCCAAUAAUUCAAACGAAUUUUUUAAUUGGAUUGCGUUCUUUCAAUUUUUUAUAAGUGCAACUUCGAUAGGCAUCACACUUUUUCAAAUGACGGUGGUUACACCCUUUACCAGCGAAUAUUUUUCACUUAUAUCGUUCGAAUUGGCUAUUGUAGUGGAAAUUUUCAUGUACUGUUGGUUUGGGAACGAAAUAGAAGAAAAAAGUAAAAAUAUUCCUUAUGCUGCUUUUGAAUCCAAUUGGCUGGAAGCAUCCAAGGAAAGCAAGAAGAAUAUGAUAAUCUUUAUGAUACGGUGUCAAAAGCCACUACAAAUUUCUGCAUUAAAUUUAUUUUACUUGACUGUUGAAACAUUUAUGAAGAUUAUUCGAACAUCUUGGUCAUAUUUUACUCUUCUGCAUCGAAUGAGUUCCAGAAAAUGAUUCUUGCAACAAAAAAUUUAACACUGGCCAGAAAUUGCAACACAUAAUCCUUUCACUACUUGGAUAUUCUCAAAAUAAUUUAAGUAACCACCGAAAUGCAAAACUCUAGCAGAAAUACUACACUACAUAAAAGUUUUCUGUGUGGUGAAGCACUUGACAAUGUUAAAACGAUUCGACAGUGAUCUUGACAACAGUCAACCAAUUUCAAACUUCUGGAAUCUAGUUUACAUGAUUUUCGUGCUAAUGUCCAUAUUUUGGACGAUUUCUCCACUUCUUGAGGGUUCAAAAGACAAAAAAAGAUUGCACGAUUGGCACGAUUAUGAACCCUUAGAAGUAGCUCACUACACUUAUAUUUUGGACACGUUUGAACAAUGUAUUGAACAUCAUUUACUUAUUCUGAAGUUUACUGGCAAGUCCAACGAGAUGUUUGUUUGGAUUAUCUUAUUUCAUUAUCAAAUUACAUCAUUUCGUCUAACUAUUGUAAAGGCUUUUCACUCUAAUUUUUUUUGCUGGUUAGAGUGGGAAAUACAAAGGAAUGAAAACGUAUGGGCUAAAUUUAGCCUUAAAGAACGAAAAUCUUCAUUACACUUUAAGAUAUCAUUCCAAAAACGCGUUCAAGUGUUUCUAAUGAGUGCUCUUUAUUUCAAAACAAUCUCAUUUGCAAACAUUUUCAAACGUGCUAGACCUUACUGUGCUCUUUUAGAUCCAAUCAAUAAGUAAAGUCCGAAAGCAUAAAAAAUAAUCAAAAUAUGGAGUUUCAAGAAUUGUAGCUUUGGUGCAAUUUUAUGGAGAGAUUUUUCGUAGCUGUCAGAUUUGACAACUAACACUAGUUUCGAAAUUUUAUCGGCAAAUUUCUACUUUAGGGGCUCUUAAGUCUCAAACAACACUUUACAAUUCACUACCCCAUCCUUCACAGUCAGAAAGUUUGAAAAAAUUGUAUUUUAAACGACAAUGACGUCACGAUGACGUCACAAUCCCGGACAAAUAAAUUAAACGUUCGAUUCGGUUUUGGGCCGCAGUUGUGUACCACUUACCUUCCCCAAGUCGAAAACUGUGGAAAACUGUCUUUUGAACUGGUAUUUCCCCGGGAAUUCUCUCCAUAAACACAAUCAAGGGGCAGUUCAUGGCGCGCGCCCGCACAUUCAAAUUCACAAAUAUCUCACAAAAAAAUUGUCCCAAUGCACUUUUAAAGCACACAACACACGAUUAAUCACUGAUUUCGUUUAAAUUUCGGAAAUAACAACAUCUAAGACAACUGUCAAAAUUAGCGUGCAAAAUGGUGCAAAGUCAAGGCACUCUUGGUAAUUCUUUCAAAAAGGUUUUUUAGGGACUUUUAACCCUUCCUAAUCAGUAAAGGGUUGAUUGAAAUGUCGUUUUACACCUUUGUAUCGAGUCUAGAGCUUGUUCAGUAGCUUGUAGCAUUUCCAGCAAUAAAAUGAGCAUUUUUAAAUACCGUGGAAACAUUUAAACUAAGAUAUAUGGCUUAGCAGAGUGUUUAGUGCCUAGUGUUAGGUUGGUAGUAUUCCCGCGCUUGUAUUCAAAAACGAUUAUUUUUGUUAAGCACUUUUUUUCUUGUUUAUUGACAAGAAAUGGAGUAGUAUAGUGUUUUAUAAUAUUACGUUAGCAUUAUCCUAACUUUAAUGCAAAGUUAUAGCACAUUGUUCAGCAAAAUCAAAAAUAAAAAAUGUAUCAUACGUCCCCAGGAUUUUUUUGACAAAUGAUGAUUAAGGUUUUGUUUGAAAAAACUGAUGCAUAAUAAUUAAUUGAUAAAGUUAUAAAAAUCUGCCGAUAGAAUAAUUUUCAUGAGUUAUAUUUAUUACGGAUUUUUAAGAACGAAAAUUGGCGCCUCCAGCAUUUUGAACACAAUUUCAUAUUUCAACUAAAAAAUAAUACCACUGUCUUUAUUUAAAAACGUCCAGCAAAGUAAAAAACAAAUAUGAAUAAAUAAAACACUUGUUAUCCCAGCGCCUCCACCAUUUUUAUUUUAUGUAAAACUCUA